AUGGGGCCGAGAACCUUGAGUUCCUCUACAGAGCCGCAGAUUCUGUGUCCAGCAAUCCGCCGAUUCUGUGUCCAGCAAUCCGCCGAUUCUGUGUCCAACAAUCCGCCGAGCAAGAACGAGGCCAGCAAGGCAUACGCUCACUACUGCGGACGCAAGAGACUCCCGCAGAUCCAUAGGACCAAUAUGAAGCUUCACUCUCAAAAUACAUACGGCCAUGAGCUUGAUCUACUGCAGGCCUUCCGAGAUACCAUAGCCGGGCUGAGCCUCGAAGCACCCCGUGCACUGAUGCCUCCGGUAAUAAUGCAACAACUUCCGAUGCACUACUCUAUUCAAGGGCUGCUUCCGCCGCCGUAG